UAAUAUUGUGAGUAAUAAAACUUCUAGCGAAGAGGACGGAGUCGGUCUGCCUGUCAUCGAAAAGUCCCUAGUUAGUAUCGGACAGGGUUGGCAAAAAAAAUACGUCCAGGCUGGGAAACGACACUUUGUGGCGGAGAAGGAAACUCCAUAGACUGAGGGCGAAAGUAGAGACGAGGGGGAGAGGCUCUGCCGCUGGAGCAAUCAUGGUGGGUGAACGCCGUAAUGGGAACCUGCUGGUGCAGCUGGGUCCUAAGCAGCAGGCCUACCCCGAGGAGCUAAUUCGGCAGCGGCGCACACACGACGGCCAGACAGAGUACCUGAUUCGCUGGACCCUGCUGCCCAUAGAAGAUGGAGGUGGCUCUGGGGGCGGGUCUGGUGAAGCUGGUGGUGGUGGUGUGGGCAGCGGCUCAGGCUCUGGCGGCUGCCCAUCUGGGGAGAACAAGUCAGAGAACAUCCUUAUGUGGAUGUCUGCAGAGGAUGUGUAUGCCAACUGUCCCGCCUUGCUUGGUAAGCGCAAGGCAGAUGUCCAGCGCCCCCUGGAGGAGCAACGGCCCAGCGGCGAAUUUCCGGCCGACGUCACUUUCGACGAAGUGGAGCUCUCCGACAUGAAGGAUGAUGUCAAGAACCUGGUUCGCCGUGCCCGCAAGCAGAUGACUAAGAAGAGCGACCUGGCCAUCAGCAUCACGCACACUAUUCACGUUCUGAGUGCCUACGCUAGCAUUGGCUCGCUGGUGGGCGUGUUCAAGGAAACGGGAGCGCUGGACCUGCUGAUGGAGCUGCUGUGCAACAAGGAGAGGCAGACGCGUCGCAGUGCCGGCAAGAUGCUCCGCGCUCUGGCUUCACAUGAUGCAGGGAGCCGAGCCUACGUCCUCCUGUCCCUGAGCCAGCAGGAUGGCAUCGAGCAGCACAUGGAUUUUGACAACCGUUACACACUCCUGGAGUUGUUUGCAGAGACCACCUCCUCAGAGGAGCACGGCAUCUCCUUUGAGGGGAUCCAUCUACCCCAGAUCCCAGGGAAACUCCUCUUCUCGCUGGUCAAGCGUUACUUGUGUGUAACGUCCCUGAUGGACAAGCUGAACACCGUGGGGACGGAGUCCAGUUCAGAGCGACAGGAAGGUGGAGUCUCUAGCUCUGCCUCCUCUGGAACGGGCCUCCAAACAGAGCAGUCACGGGUGCAGCGUGAGUUUGAGUUCACAAUGGCCAUGGCCAACUUGAUCUCAGAGCUGGUUCGUGUCAUGGGCUGGGACCGCAACCGGCAGCCUCCCCCCGAGGGCCCGGCACCCGGGGCCAGUGAGGAGGAGCCGCCCCGCGCAGCCAGGUCCAUCUUCCAGCCCCGCUUCUCUGCCCCGCUGCUGCCAGCUGCCUCACCACCCAAGAAGAAGGUGGCUAACAGUUUCAAAACUCGCGCUGACUUUGCUAGCCGCUCCGCCUAUGUGGAGUAUGUGCAGGAGAAUCUGAAGGGGGGUAUGCUGGUCCGUAUGCUGGAGGACUAUGAGGAGGUCAGUGCCGGUGACGAGGGUGAAUUCCGCUACAGCAACGAUGGCUCGCCACCCGUGCAGGUGUACUGGAACUCCCUGUCUCGCACUUACUGGGUGCACUGGCACAUGAUCGAGAUCCUGGGCAAUGGCAGCAGUGGGCAGGCAGAGAAGGAGACCCAAGAGAAGGCCUCUUCUCUUACAGAGACCCUCAAACUCACUGCUUUGAGCCAGACGUUCUUCUCCAAGCCACCUGGGGGCCUGUACUCUCUGCCCUACCUGGCCGACAGGCUGCAGGAGGACAGCGGCACGCUGAGCCGGGCUGAGUGGUGGGAGAUCCUCUUCUUUGUCAAGAAGCUGGAGCCCAAGCAGCAGCAGGAGCUCUUCAACUUGCUGAGGCAGAGUCUGGAUGAUCAAAUUUCAGAGCUGGAUGAGGUGACUUUGAUCCAGGUGUCGGUGCCGAGUGAGGUGGCUCACAAGCUGCUGAGAUACCUGAAGCAGAGCCUGCCACUGUCCUGCCUGUGCGAUCUGUUGUGCUCACAUGCUUACAUCAAGCACUGCCUGCGUCGCGGUGGGCCCGGUGAUGAGCUGCUGUCCAAUGCCCUAAGCCCCAUGGAGCUGGGGGAGCGAUGCCCUGUGGAGGCCGCCUCCUCACACGCCACUCUGGGCUCUGUCUCCAAGAAGGCCAAGAAGGACAUCCCCCUGGAGCCUGGCACUGGCUAUGACACCGAGAGCGAGCUGCCCAAGGAGGAUGACCCCAAGGACCCAGAGGAACUGGAGGAGAAGAUCAAAGUUUUCAAUAACCCCAAGAUCCAAGGCAAGAAGAGUUGUUUGGAGAAGAUGGGGGAGGUGGUGGACAUGAUCAAGAAGAAUUCUUGGGACCUCCGGCUGCAGUUGGCCGGCAUGAGGGUCAUUUUCAAGCUGCUGGACGAGGAGGGGGCCCAAGAGAGGAGCACCCUGAGGUCGGACUCUGCACAGACCAUUCGAGACAAGAUCCUAAAGCUUCUGGUGGAGGUGCUGAGUUCUGAUUCCUUGUGGAAUGUUCUGACUGGCCUGCGGCUAACCCACGCCCUCAUGCAGAAGUAUGAGUGGCGGGUCUCCUUUGCCACAGAAGGUGGAGUGAAAGCCAUUCUGUCCUGCAUGCAGGAGUACUUCAUGUCUACCCAGGUCCAGCAGAUUGCCCUGGCGGCAUUGAAGGUCAUCACGGGGGCCAGUAAGCACGACCCGCACAGCAUAGGCGGUGGGCUACCACUUGCAGAGUCUGGAACACAAAUGAUGCUUGAAAUCUUUGCCAGCAUCGGCUCUGCCACCCCCGAGGGUUCCAAGGGGCUCUUGGGUGCCAUCCCUGCUGCCACAGAGCUGAUGCUCAAUACACCGGGGUGCGCGCUGGCAGUACGAAAUGGCCUGCUGGUGCUCAUCAUGCUUAUCUCCAGUCACAAGAGCCUGGCUGAGCAGCUGGUGGCUUGUGGUGUGGUCUCCGUUCUGAAGAAAUGUCUGUCACUCCUCCGGCCCGAGAGCACGCUGGCCAUCGUAGCCCUCAAUCACAUCUCCAUGGUCCACAAACUGGAGAAGAAAGAAUCUAAGGAGGAGCUGGACUUCAAGGACACGGAGCUGAAGAUGCUGGUGGUGAGCCUGAGGGAGACUACAGCCACCAAGGAAGUGAUCAUGACGCUGGAGCAAUUGCUGUGCGACGAUGCCUCCCAGCUGGAGGAGGAGCGUACCCAGGUGACCCGCAGCAGGGAGACCUUCCAGGACCUAGUGCGGCUCAUGGAGCAACAUCGUGCCGACCGUGCGGUCCAGCUCUCCAUCCUCAGGAUUCUGGAUAAGUUCCUGGACAGCUAUCAGGAAGACGUGCUGCCUUGGCAUGAGAGCAUUGAGCCGUGCCUGUCCUCUAUGACGGCCUUUGUCAGUGACAGAGAGGUGGUGCAGCCCUUUAUCCGUUUCCUAUACCGACUGGCCACACUGAACAAGGACUAUGCGGUGGUCAUGUGCCGUCUCGGCACCAAGGAUGCUCUGGCAAAGGUUCUGGACAAGCACAGUACCAGCUUGCUGCUGGCCUCAGAACUGCGGGACCUCAUCGGGGACUGUGAGAAAUACGCCAGCCUCUACAAGAAGAUGACCACCAGCAUUCUGGCCGGGUGCAUCCAGAUGGUGCUGGGUCAGAUUGAGGAGCAUCGUCGCAGCCACCAGCCAAUCAACAUCCCCUUCUUCGAUGUGUUCCUACGAAAUCUAUGCCAAGGGUCCAGUGUGGAGCUGAAGGAGGACAAGUGCUGGGAGAAGGUGGAAGUCUCCUCCAAUCACCACCGAGCAAACAAACUCACUGACAAGAACCCCAAAACGUACUGGGAGUCAAAUGGCUGUACAGGCUCCCAUUUCAUCAAUAUCUACAUGCACAAGGGCGUGGUGAUCAGGCAGUUGGCAGUGUUGGUAGCCAGUGAGGAUUCUAGCUACAUGCCAGCCCGCAUUGUUGUGCUAGGUGGAGAGGACCCGACAAAUAUCAACACUGAGCUGAACACAGUGAAUGUACCUCCCUCUGCAAGUCGUGUUGUUCUGCUGGAGAACAUGACUCGCUUCUGGUCCAUUGUGCAGAUCAGGAUUAAAAGGUGUCAACAGGGUGGCAUUGAUACCAGGGUGCAUGGCUUUGAGGUCCUGGGGCCCAAACCCACCUUCUGGCCUGUGUUCAAGGAGCAGCUAUGCUGUCGUACAUAUCUCUUCUACACUACCAAGGCCCAUACUUGGUGCCAGGAGAUCUUGGAGGACAAGGGUCAGCUACUCCAACUCUUCAACAAGCUCAACAGCGCUCUUCGGCAUGAGCAAAUGUUUGCAGAGCGCUUCUUGCCGGAUGCGGAGGCCGCAGAGGCCCUGGGUCGUACAUGCUGGGAGGCCCUGAUUACCCCCAUUGUGCAGAGCAUCACCCUUACUGACACCCCCGUGCUCAGCCCACUGUCCUGGCUGCUUGGCGAGUACCUGGACAACUCUGAAACAGCCAGGCGUGGCAAGAGUCGAGCAGCCAUCUUCAACUCCCGCGUCCGCCGGCUCACUCACUUGUUGGUCCAUGUGGACACCAGUUGUGCCGAUGGAGAAGAGCUCAAGCCUCCUGUGAAGUCCAAAGGUAUCAACAGAAGCAAAGAUUCGAAGAAUGGCAAAGAGGGAAAGAGCAAAGAAGUGGCGACUGUCACAAAGCCCAAAGCGAAGAGCACCAGCAGCAUCGCAGGCAUAGCCCAGUGCUGGCAGGGGGUGGUCCAGCGUCAGGUGAAGAAGUUUCUGGACUCGGCGUGCAGCAUGGAUGACUUUGUAGAGCGGUACCGGAACAUGUACCUGCGGCUGAAGAACACCAUGGAGGAGCUGUUCGGCCAGCAGACGGCCUUCGUGCUGGCGCUUCGCCAGGGCUUCUCCGCUGCCCUGCUGCAGCUGUCCAUCCUAACGGCUAUGCAUGUGAGUGAGCGGUUCGCCCAGUACAUCGACCUGUUGAUCCAGGAGAGUGGAGUUGACUCUGGCAAUUUGGAGACACUCAACCAGCUGCAGCAGUUUCUGGAGCCCAUGCUCUUUCUCUCUGGUCUGGAGCUGGCCAACACCUUUGAGCACUUCUACAGGUACUACCUAGGUGACCGGCUGCUGGGGCAGGGCAAGGUGUGGCUAGAGAGCGCAGUGAUCGAGCAGAUUGGGACUUGCUUCCCCAACCGCUUCCCUCAGCAGAUGCUGAAGAAUCUGAGCGAGUCAGAGGAGCUGCAGCAGGAGUUCCACCUGUACCGGCUGCAGCAGCUGGACAAGUCACUGAUGGACGUGGACGAGGAGAUGAUGGAAGACCAGACGUCAGGACCAGAGGAAGAGAGCGAGGUGAAAGUGCUGGUUCUUUCCCCACGCUGCUGGGCCGUGUCCUCGCCCUGCUACCUGGAGAACCCCGACAGGUUUUUUCCCCCACAACUUUGCAGCUACCUGAUGGAGUUCACCGACUUCUAUGGAAACAGCCAGAGCAUGUACAGCCUGACUCACAGCAAGCCCCGGCACCUGCAGUGGACGUGGCUGGGCCAUGCCGAGGUGACCUAUGGUUCCAGCACGCUCUACGUCUCCACGCUGCAGAUGUACAUCCUGCUGCAGUUUAACCACCAACAGGAUGUAUCUGUUGAGACACUCCAGCAAACCACGGGACUCUCGCCUGAGGUCUUGUCCCAGGCCAUCAAGCCACUGACCUCAGAGAAAGGCAUCCUGAUUGAGACUGGCUCCAGCCAGGACCCCAUGAAGAGAUUUCUGAAGCUGAAUGAGCAGGCCCUGUUGAAGGCUCUGGAUAGCUGCAGCUACUUAUACCUGCUACCCAAGCAGACCUACAUCAACGUCAAUGAGGAUGCAGCCAGUGCCCUGGAGCGCAAGAGGAACUACAUCUACUGCCUCAUCGUCCAGAUCAUGAAGGCUGAGAAGGAGAUGCACAUUGACAACCUGGUCUUCAGGGUGCUGGACAUGUGCCAGAAGCAGGAGGCCCUGCGGUCACCCGGCGUGGUCCGUUUCAGCUGCAGCACCACGGAUGUGCUUUCCUGCAUCAUGCACGUCAUCAGCAAGGGCUACGUGCGGCGAAACGAGGACACCCCGCACAUUGUGGAGUUCCUCCCCGAGGACCCCAGCACUCCGCAGAAGGGCCCGGCGCACAUAUCCCUCAGCCAGGCGGAGCUGAAGAAGGGCAUGGGUGGAAAGGCCGCCAUCAGUCUGGGAGGCCUCCUUGCAGCACCACAGCGAACAGAAGAUGGAGUCCUGGAGACUGUGCUCUUCUCCAUGGGCCGCACCAUGACUCAGGAUGAGGUGCGUCAGCUGAUGAUGCGCACAGUCCAGCAGGUCUCCAGCACCUUGAGUCUGGACCUGGAUCAGGCCGAGCACUUGUUGGUGCACUGCAAGUGGAAUGUGGAUAUUCUGAUCCAACGCUACACCGACGACCCGGACGCCCUGAUCUUGGCAGCCGGGCUCAAGGGCCGCAACCCCCAGCCGCCCCCCAGCCCCACCUCCCAGUGCCCCGUUUGCCUGACUCCGCAGUCAGGGGAGCCUGACCCCACCCCCACCCUCUGCUGCAUGCACUAUUGCUGCCGGUCCUGCUGGCAGAAGUAUCUGACUGCCAGGAUCGAGCAGAACCUGGUGAUGCACUGUAACUGCCCCAUCACGGACUGCCGCGCCCAGCCCACCUCACAAUUUUUCCUCAGUAUCCUGACUGACAAAGAUAUCAUUGCCAAGUAUAAAAAUGCUCUGCUCCGCGGCUAUGUGGAGUGUUGCUCCAACCUGACAUGGUGCACCAACCCCCAAGGCUGUGAUCAGAUCCUCUGCAAGGAGAACAUUGGCAGCAUGGGUACCUGCUCCAAAUGCUGCUGGUCCUCCUGUUUCAGCUGCAAUUUCCCAGAGGCUCACUACCCAGCCAGCUGCAGUCACAUGUCCCAGUGGAUGGAUGACGGUGGCUAUUACGAGGGCAUGAGUAUGGAGGCCCAGAGCAAGCACCUGGCCAAGCUCAUCUCCAAACGCUGCCCCAGCUGCCAGUCUCAGAUUGAGAAGAAUGAGGGCUGCCUGCAUAUGACUUGUGCCAAAUGCAACCAUGGAUUCUGCUGGCGCUGUCUCAAGCCAUGGAAGCCGACACACAAAGAUUACUACAACUGCUCAGCCAUGGUGAGCAAAGCAGCACGCCAGGAGAAGAAAUUCCAGGAUUACAAUGAAAGGUGCACUUUCCACAAUCAGGCCAAGGACUUUGCCAUCAAUCUGGAGAACAAGGUGUCCUCCAUUAACGAAGCCCUGCAGAUGAAGUCCUUAACAUUUGUGAUUGAUGCCUGUAAAAUCCUGGCUCAGGCUCGCAAGGUGCUCGCUUACUCAUGCGUGUACAGCUACUACAAUCAGGACACGGAGAAGAUGGAUGUGAUGGAGCAGCAGACUGAAGCUUUGGAUCUCCACACCAACGCCCUGCAGAUCCUGUUGGAGGAGACACUUCUCCAGUGCACUGACCUGGCAUCCUGUGUGCGAUUGCUGAAGCCGGAGCACCUCAACACCGGCUUGGAGCUAAUCCGUCGCAUCCAGGAGCGUCUGGUGGCCAUCCUGCAGCAUUCUACCCAGGACUUCCGUGUGGGGUACCAGUCCAAAACGGGGCCUGACCAGGAGGCUGCGCAAGCUUCGAACCUCGCUAACCGCACGGACUCAAACGAGGAGGCAAAAUCCGAUGGUGGCUCAGACACAGGCGAAUCUGACAACAACAACAACAACACUGUGGAAGAUGGAGGAGAUGGGGAAGAAGAAGACGACCAGUAUGAUGACGAAUAUGUCCCAGAGUGGCAUGAAGAAUAUGAUGAGGACGACAUCGAGGAUGACUUCUUCUCCGAUGACGACGAGUCUGAGAACCUAGAGAGGGACUUCAGCCCAUAUCACUGAGGGUGUGCGAGUAGGGGUGUUGGGGUUGAAGGGAUACGGAGACAAAUGAUGAUGGCAAUCUCCCAGCACAGAACUGCAGUCUUAGACAUUACCCUGAAUCUAGUUCUGCUUCAAAGUCAAAACACCAGAAGCAUUUCAUUUAUCUGAAAGGAACAACACUUCUGAGAUUUUCUCGGGAGGUAAAUGAUGAUGGCCCUUUCUUAUAGAAGAAAAACAGCAGGUUCUUUAAUUUCUAUAGAAUCGUCACCAUUCUUGUUUUCACUCCAUGGCUGUGAUGUGACUGCUAUUAUUAUUUUCCUCAUAUUAUAUCUGAACAUUUAUAAUUGUUGACUAUAGCCUAAGUUUAUAUUAUGAAUCUUACUUAAUUUUACAUGUCCUCCAAACUGUUAACCUUAACUAUGAUUUUAUUGAAGGAUCUCUUGUAAAGUAUGAUUUGAAGGAAGUUGAUGGGAUCAUAAGCCACACUUUGGUUUAGUACAGUUGCUACCUAUAUUUCUUGGUGUUAUGAUUCAGUAAAGGAUUAGCAACAUAGUGUGGAUAAAUAAUUUGUUAGUCUUAUUUAUUUUAUACCAAUUGGAAACAUUUACUUGCAAAAUCCAUAAUACCUUUAAUUUCUUAGCACAGAUAUUUACUUUUUUAUUGAAUUAAUGAAAAGAAGAAUGUCUUGGUCCGUCAAAUAGGGAAAUGGGGAUUUGGGGAAAACUGCACUUAAGAUUGAUUGAAUGAAAAUGUGAGUACUCGUGUGCAGACAUGCUGUUUGAUCAUGUAUACGCUAAAGGGGUACGAGUUUGCAAGUGGCUUUCGGCAGAACAUCAGAGGGUCAUCAGAAAAGAUCAAAUCUGCAGGGGCUUAAGGCACCUGGCGUACAGGUGCGGUCAGCCUGUCAAAGGAAUACAUGAAUCGAACACGAAGUCUGUCAACUGUACCAAGGCCUCACUGCAAUAAUUUGAAUUUCUUAGUUCCUAAAAAGCAUUCUUUGCUAAGCAGCAACUUAUGUUACUUUGCCUUUUUCCUUUUUUUCUGGAAAAAAAAUAUAGUUUUUGGACAUGUUAAUGUUCACUUAUAGAGGUGAAGAUGUUACAGAUAUCAUGCAAUGUCCAUCUUGGAGGUUGCUGUAAGUUGAAAUAUAUAUUCAUAUUCAUCUACUCUAAUGUUCUAUCUUUCAGAAUUAAAACUGAAGUUGUGUGACUUCGGGUUACUAAAUAAAGCUUUUUCUGCUAAA